UUUCUUCUCCUAUUGCCACGUAACAAGCUGAAGCUCUGCGAGUGGUCGCGUCCGUGCUGAAUUUCCUGCCCGGCUGUGCGCACUCCAACCCGGUGACAGGGAUCAGAUACUUACCGCUGACACGGACACGGGGGAGUCAUGGGGGGAACGCAGAGCGUGGAGAUACCCGGAGGAGGUUCUGAAGGUUACCAUGUUCUUCGGGUGCAGGAGAACUCGCCCGGACACCGGGCCGGCCUCGAACCGUUCUUCGAUUUCAUUGUGUCCAUCAAUAACGCCAGACUGAACAAGGACAAUGACACACUGAAGGAUCUGCUGAAGGCCAACGUGGAGAAGCCGGUGGUGAUGCUGGUGUACAGCAGUAAGACUCUGAAGCUGCGUGAGGCCACGGUCACCCCCAGCAACAUGUGGGGCGGUCAGGGGCUCCUGGGGGUCAGUAUCCGCUUCUGCAGCUUCGAGGGAGCGAAUGAGAACGUCUGGCAUGUACUGGAAAUAGAACCGAACUCUCCAGCUGCUCUAGCAGGACUGAGGCCUCACACAGACUACAUCAUCGGGGCCGACACCGUCAUGAACGAGUCUGAGGAUUUAUUCUCAUUGAUAGAGACCCAUGAGGGUAAAGGACUGAAGCUGUACGUUUAUAACACUGACACAGACAGCUGCAGAGAAGUCGUCAUCACUCCAAACAGCACCUGGGGCGGAGAGGGCAGUCUUGGCUGUGGUAUUGGCUACGGCUACCUGCACAGGAUUCCCACUCGGCCGUUUGAGGAGGGGAAAAAGAUCAGCUUCCCUGCACACACUCCCAGUGCGCCGGCAAGUCCACUGAAGGACGGAUUCACUGAGGUUCAGCUCUCUGCUGUAACCCCGCCCCCUGUUACAUCAUCCGCCCCCACUGGACUUGAAGAUAGCCUGUCUGGGCUGUCAAUCAAUUCAGCUCCUCCUACGAUGCCCUCAGAGCUUCAGACAGGUGUGCCCACAGUCCCCCUGCUGCCCACACAGGUCACCCCGGGCAUGGGCACUCUGCCCUCGGUUAACCCCGGCACUACGCUACCAGGUUUAAUGUCAUUACCUGCUGGUCUUCCCCCGCUGCCCAACCUGCCCAACCUCGCCAAUCUGCCCAACCUGAACAUCCCUCUCCCAGACCUUGCUGGAGUAUCGUUAACAGGAAUCUCCGGCCUUCCUUCUUCCACUAAAGGUUUGGCGUCUCUGCCUCCUCUGGCCCCUCUCCCUCCACUGAACCUGCCUGGCAUGGCCCCGAUUCCCAACAUCUCUGGCGUUUUGCCUUCCACUCUUCCAUCAACCCUACCCACAAUGCAUAGCAUGUCCCUUCCCUCCGACUUCGUUCCGCCCCAUCAAACGCCGGCGCUCAUCCUGGACGCUACGCCGAACUCCGUGGCCGAGACGCACGCAGAAACACCCGUCGUCACGGCGACGAGCACGUGCGAGUCGAGCUCCCACGUCCACGUCACUGCAGAGUCGUCAUAACAACCAGGCUUUUUAUCUGCAUCCUAAAACAGGCCUGUCUCUCCCUCACUCUCUCUCCCCCUAAAUAUAGCUCUCUCUCUCUCUCUCUCUCUCUCUCUCUUUACCCCUCGCUCUGCUCUUGUUUCAGAAAAUGUAUUUAUUCAGUCUAUAAAGAUCCAACGGGCACAAGCACGCACAAAUCGCUCACGAGGACACACCGAGAAGGACGAGGACGGACAGAACGUCGGCGGGUGCAUGCGUUAAAACAGCGGGGUUUAAAAUCCAGAGAGGCUUCCUUUUUUUUUUUUUUCCUCCAUUUCUUUUUCUAAAUAUUCAGGGAUACAAAGCAAAAUCUUGUGCUUUUAUCUUUAAAAAAAAAAGUGUCUGAUGAUAAACACGGAUUUGAACAACUCGUCCGUCUCGUAUCAUGGAUCAGAUUUUCCUGUAAGAAAGAAUGAAAUCGACUUUUGUAAAUUAUUUUAUCCUUUAAAGAAACGUUAAAAAAACACAGCUAUUUAGGAAAGCAAAGCCUCUCUGGAUUUAGUCUCUCUAUUCCAUCUCUUUCGCUUUGGGAGUCUCUUUAUUCCUGUUUUUUUUUUAUUCUGUAACCGUAUGGAGAUGACGUCAGGGCAUCACUAAUUCCCGUGUCAUCGGCCAUUACAUCACAUACUGUUGUACGUUUCCUUUGUUGUGAUUUAGACUUUAUUUGAACGAUGAAGAGUGCAUGCUGGUGUGUGUGUUUGUGUGUAUGUGUGAGAGAGAGAAAGUGUGUGUGUGUGUCCUCUCCCUCUCAUUGAGCUCUUUCUGCUGAUUAGAUUAACACGUACACAUACACUAUAUAGAACAGUGAAGAAGGGGAACUAUUGAAGUUUGUGCAGAAUGAAAAACUUGUGUCAAAAGCACACAAGCAAUAAAGUACCUGAGGUUUUACAGUAA